GGAGUAGUAUCAUUUUAUCAUCACAAACACUUGUAUAUAAAACCAUCCAACAUCUCCCCACUAGAUAAACCAGAACUAUACUUCCCAACUUGUCUGUCACAUUCCACUAGAAAACCAUUCUCAGAAAACACUCCAAAUGGCCUCAAAACCUGGUUUUCUCAGUGAUUGGCCAUGGAAGCCAUUGGGAAAUUUUAAGUAUGCGCUUGUGGCGCCAUUUGUAGCACAUAGCAUCUACUCAUUUGCGACAAAGGAAGCGGAGGACAGAAACCUCUUCAAUCUUCUUGUUUUUCCCUUCAUGUUAUGGAGACUAAUUCACAGCCAGAUUUGGAUCUCUUACUCUCGUUAUCGAACGGCCAAGCUCAGAAUUGUUGACAAGAGCAUUGAGUUCGAACAAGUGGACCGAGAAAGAGAUUGGGAUGAUAAUAUUUUGAUGGUUUCGCUUGUGUACUACUUGGUGAGUUUGACUGAUCCUGCAAUUGCUAAAAUGCCAUUGUGGAAACCAGAUGGUGCAAUAGUUACAUUUUUGCUUCAUGUUGGUCCAAUUGAGUUUCUUUACUAUUGGCUUCAUAGAGCACUUCAUCAUCACUAUCUCUACUCUCGCUACCACUCUCAUCACCACUCUUCCAUUGUCACGGAGCCUAUUACAUCUGUUGUUCAUCCAUUCGCGGAGCAUUUAGCAUAUCUUGCACUCUUUGGAGCACCGAUGGUGAUUCUAAACCUCACGGGAACUGCAUCAAUUCUUGCGAUUUUCGGCUACAUUGCUAUAUUUGAUUUUCUAAACAAUUUGGGACACUGCAAUUUUGAAUUUAUUCCUACUUGGCUUUUCAGAGUCUUUCCUCCCCUUAAGUACUUAUUGUACACACCUUCAUUCCACUCUCUUCACCACACUCAAUUCAGAACAAAUCUCUCAUUGUUUAUGCCGAUUUAUGACUACGUUUACGGUACAUUUGACAAGUCUAGUGAAACCCUGCAUCAGACCUCACUAGAGAAGAAAGAGGAUAAGCCAGAUGUGGUUCAUUUAACUCACUUAACUACUGCUGAAUCGGUUUAUCAUAUGCGCUUAGGAUUCGCUUCUGUUUCGUCUGAGCCACAGAAGUCGAAAUGGUACCUAAAGCUGAUGUCCCCAGUGACUUGGUGGUCUAUGAUCAUCACUUCAUUCUAUGGAAAAACAGUGGUUGCUGAGAGGAACCAGUUUGGAGACCUCAAAGUUCAGUCUUGGGCGAUCCCUCGAUUUAAUGUGCAAUACUUUUCGCAAUGGCAGAGAAAAGCUAUCAAUGGAUUUAUUGAAAACGCGAUACUAGAAGCAGAGUCAAGAGGCACUAAAGUCUUGAGUUUAGGCCUUUUGAACCAGAGUAAAGAACUCAAUCAAAACGGAGAGUUUUACAUCCAAAAGUUCCCCAAUUUGAAACUACGCGUUGUGGAUGGAAGCGCUCUGACAAUUGCUAUCGUCCUUAACAACGUUCCACAAGGCACAACUCAAGUGCUCUUAAGAGGCAAGGUCACGAAAGUAGCAUGCAUAGUAGCUUCUGUUCUGUGUAAAAAGGGAAUUCAAGUGGCUGCAGAUGGAGAAGAGUACGAAAAGCUUCAAAAGGCCACCAAACAGAGUGAGAAUUUGAUCCGAGCAAGCGGCUAUGAGCAGAAAGUAUGGCUAGUUGGAGAAGGAUUAAGUGAUGAAGAACAGUCUAGAGCUGAUAAAGGAACUGUCAUCAUUCCAUUCUCUUCAUUCCCUCCUAUUAAAGUCCGCGACGAUUGCUUAUACCAUCACACACCAGCAAUGAUAAUCCCUGCAUCUCUUGAAAACGUCGAUUCUUGUGAGAACUGGUUACCAAGGAGAGUUAUGAGCGCGCCACGAGUAGCCGGAAUGGUGCAUGCCCUUGAAGGAUGGAGUGAGCAUGAAUGUGGAAGCACCAUUUUAGACAUUGGAAAAGUGUGGGAAGCUUGUCUGAAACAUGGAUUUAGGCCAUUAACCACACCAUACUAAGUCAAGAAUCAUGAUCAUUGAGUUUGUACUAUGUGUUAUGUGCAAUAAAUAAUGUCCCCAAAGUGUUCCUAAUUAGGAAUAACAAUACCAAAUUUAGUUCAUUGAUAAGAAUCAUGGUUGUUGAAUUUAAGUUUUGCAUUA